AUUUCCAGGUGCUGUAAAAAAAUUAUGGCAACUUUAGUGAGGUCUCAUCAAGCAGCUUUAAAGAGGGUGUGUGGAGGUCAGCCAGUUGGAUAUUUGCAAAUACCAAUCCCCAUAAAGAAUAAGGGCGUCGCUGUCCCAGUGGUAAUUUCAUUCAACCGAAAUUCGUGGUUAAAUACCCCGUCUUCGGACCACAUGCUGUCUACGGUUUCCGUUAAACGAAUUAUAACAAUACCACGUCGUUUAAUCCACACUGAUGUAACGUUUCCAAAAUAUCGCGACGGUGAAAGAACGAACGCAGCUAGUGAUUCAACAAAAGCGGCUAGAGAUACUGAGGAUUUGCGUCGCGCAACGGCCCAAGGGUUAUUGUUCGGAGUAAACGGAGCAGUUUAUCUCUAUAUGGCUACAAAGUUUGUGCAAUCACUUGUCACUUACAAAAGUAUGCCAGCCGAUCAGUUAGCUAUGGCAAAUACGGAAAUUGAUCUGGACGAAAUUCCUGAGGGGCAGUGCAAAACGUAUACUUGGCGUGGAAAACCGUUGUUUGUGGCUCAUCGUACUCAAGAUGAUAUUGAAAAAGCGAAAAGUGUCAAUUUAAGCGAAUUGCGUGAUCCACAAACCGAUGAUGAACGAGUAAAGAAAGAUGAAUGGCUUGUAACUAUAGGUGUCUGCCCUCAUCUUGGAUGUGUUCCGUUAGCAGGAAAAGGAGAUUUUGGCGGUUACUACUGUCCUUGUCAUGGCUCCACAUUUGACACCUCUGGUCGUAUACGCUUGGGACCCGCACCAAAUAAUCUCGAAGUACCACCUUACCAAAUCACUGAUAAUAAUAAAUUGAUUGUGGGCGAUUGAACAUGGGGUUCAACGAAUUAUGCGAAUGAAGUUUUAUCGUUUCGUUAAGGAACUGUUAGAGAUGUGAGAUUUUGAAGGAAUGAUGAAACGUUUGGAAGACAAAGAAUAGAAUGUAGUAGUUUUCUGUGUAAAUGCUUUGUUUAUUGUAUCUCAGCGUUUUCGGUAUAUCUCUUCUUACGCUUACUCAUCCACUUUUUCUUCAUUUUUACUAUUAGAUGAUUUAGCCCCAUGCAGGCAGUCUCCUCAAUUGCUGAUCAGAAAGUUGCCUCGUUUUAUAGCAUUCGUUACCGUUCCUGCUCUUUACUGAAAACUUUCGGUCUUAACUAGUUCCCAUUUUUAUUUAUUUUGUUAAUCUGUAGAUUCCACUGUAAUUUGUAUUUGGUUGAAAAUUUGAUAUACGUUAUGUCCAUGCAGCUUUUCGAUUUUUAUGGUUCUUUGAGAUGAAUAAUUUGCAUAAAGGGGUC